UCUGUUUAUAGCACUUCCGCGUUUUAUGCAAAAAUACUCCAUCUGCCUUUUCACGAAUAUUCAAUUCUUUGCGAGAAUACUAUUCCAAACCAUGGCUUUAAAAUACCACGAGGAUUGGCAAUCCAGUAAGACAACGGUGAUAGAAAGAAACGAGUAUAUGUUUGAUAACGAAUUGAUGAGCGACGUAUCUUUCGUUUGUGGCGAGUCAGGUCAUCGCGUAUUUCAUGCACACAAAUAUGUUCUUGCCACAAGCAGUGCCGUGUUUUUUUCUAUGUUUUAUGGUCAUGUAGCCGAAAAAGAAUCGCCAAUUCGCAUCAACGACACAGAAGAAAAAAGCUUCGAAGAGUUUUUGCGUUUCUUGUACGUCGAAGAUUGUGAAGUUACCGCUGGAAACGCGAUAGGAAUCAUGUAUUUGGCAAAGAAAUAUUUCAUCUCGUCUUUGGCUAAGAAAUGUAGCAAGGUCUUGGAGGAGAACAUUGAGCCUGAUAAUGUUUUUGCUGUGCUGGAACAGGCAGUAAAAUUCGAGCAAAACGAGCUAGAAGCGAAGUGUUGGAAUAUUAUUGAGACGAAGACUCAGGAAUGCAUAACCUCGGAAGCGUUCUGUAAUAUCAGAACCCGAACACUGAAAACUUUGUUAGAAAAAAGGAAGUUCGAGAUAGCUGAAGUGCAAUUGUUCAAAGCAGUUUUAAAAUGGGUCGACAGCGAAUGUGCAAGACAGGGUAUAAACACCAAAGAAGACAAAACAGCAAGAAAAAGAAUCUUGGGGGAUAUUCGAUACGAAAUUCGUUUCCUGGAUAUGUCAGAACACGAUUUUGCAGAAUAUGUUUCCACAUCCGAGAUACUGACAGAGAAAGAACGUCUUUCAAUUUUCCAUAAAUUCAACGGAUUAGAUGUAUCCGAUUUCAAAUGGCCCGAGCGCGAGGUGAAACAGCACGAGGUGAAACAGGUACGUAUAGUCGGUUUAUGCAGAUUUGACAAUGCAUCAGGUUCUUGGGGCUACAACGGGAAUAAAUCCGAUGCUCUUACCCUGUCUGUCAACAAAGCAGUCCUAUUUCACGGUGUUCGCUUGUUUGGUAACUCUGGUGGGGGGCAAUACGAAGUCAAGUUCACGAUCAAAAACGAGAAUAUUACAGGGACCUACACUUCGGAACAGAAUGACGAAAAAAUUUGGGGUUAUGACGUCAUGUUGUCCCAAGCAAUAUCUCUACUGGCAAAAGAAGAGUUCACAAUAGUUGCGACAAUAAAAGGGCCAACGUCUUCAUAUGGCGAGCAAGGAAAAUCUCAAGUGGCAGUCGAUGACAUUGUCAUAACUUUCAAGGAUGCACCUCCUGGUUGUAGUCCAAAUGGUACAGGCCAAGAACGUGGCCAAUUUCACAAAAUCUACCUUUCAGAGCUGUAGGGUGAGGGAUAAAUGGCACCCCAAUAGUCGCCUCAAAAUAUCUUCUGUUCUAUAAAAGACAGGAAUUAUUUUUAAGUUGUUUAGUUGGGGUGAUUUUACAUAUUUGAAUACCAAAGUCGGGGACAGUACCAAUACUAAUCAAUAAUAUUGAUGGUAUUUUAAUGAUUAUCAAUGAAAUUCAAUGAUAACUUUAUGAAAUCCAUCUUGUGAUUUGACAAAUAUAGAAAAUAAAUCGCUGAUAUGAUUUAAUUACAAAGCCUAGUUCCGGAUGAGAACCAGAUUUGUGAAAUCAGCUACGAUCAUAAUUAUAAGACAACUCGCAUUUCCAGAAAGAAAUAGAAAGCAGCCCAUCAUGAACCAGGUACCAGCUCUCGCAUCUAAGGAAUAUAGCACAUACAUUCCUAGACAUUGGUUAAGCGGUCAGGAUUUUAGAUUUUACGGUCUACAAAUCUUUUCUAAAUGUCGUUUCCAACAAAACAAAUGCUU